AAUGGUUGGGCCUAAGAGAGCUGAAUGAAUCAAAACCAGUGGCAGUCGGUGUCUCUCUCUCUCUCUCUCUCUGUAUAGAUGUGUAUAUAUACACACCCACACAAGUGACAGAUAUAUUAAUGGCCGUUUGUAUCACAUGGUGAUAUGUCUCUUUCAACUGUAUGACAGAUUGUGACUUCUAAUUAUAACAUUUAAGGUAGUUGUACGAUUCAAUGUCAUCUCAUAAUUUCGUGUUUUGACAUAUACAUCUAGGCUCUUGGUUUUAGUCUCACAUCUCUCAUUCGUUGCUUUUGUCUUUUUAUGAAACAAAGGACAUCACACUCUCCUAGCAAGUAUUUGUACCCACAAGCAACAAUUACAGAAAGGAUGCUAAGCAAGGUCUUUUCCCAAAUCUCCAGAGUCACAAUGGAUUAUUUUGGCGAGUGGGUGGGUGAGUUGGUACCAUCAGAACUAGAAGAAAAGGAAAGAGUUGUCUUAUUGCUUUCACAUCAUAGAUUUUCAGUUUGGACUAUGUUGUAAUGUUAUUAUCAUAUGUGGUGGGGUAGGUAGAUACCCUCCAAGGUAAGUUCCCAAUAAACCUUCCUUCUAGGUUGUUCAAUUGGUUUGGUACUGAAAUUGAAUUUGACAAAAAAUUUAGACAAAAAAAACAAGUUAAAAUCAGAUCAGAUGGGUUCAAUUAGCAUACAAUAGUGUAUGUAUGCACUGCGCACAUUACAUGCAUACACUACUACUGUUGUACGUACACAACAAUCAAAAAGGAAAGUGUUGUCUUGUUACUUUCACCUCAUAAACUUUCAUUUUGGACUAUGCAAUUUAGAAACGGUAGGUGGAGAGACAAUUUGCAAUGCAUAAGGGAUAAUUUGAAUAUUCAGUAAGGGAUAAUUAGAAUAUUUCAAUUGGAGUGUGUUGUAUGUUUUAGAUGAGAUAUGUAAUUGACUCAAAAAUAUAUAAUUCAUGAGUAUAAUUAAAAUAAUAAAAUCUUCACCAAAAAAAAUGAGUAUAGAAGCAAAAAUAUGCAUACACUUUGCUUUCACCCUUUAAAUUUUCAUUUUGGACUAUGCAACGUAGAAAUGGAAGGUAGAUACCUCCAAGUAAGUUUAUAACCAACUUUGUUCUACUAGGAUCAGUGCAAAUUGAACUAUAAUUGAAAUUGACAAAAAAAGUGGAUUGAAUAAUGGUAGGACCAAACCAACUUAAACUGGUCCAAUUUACGUACAGCCAUGCAUGUAUUGUUCUGUUUAAACAUAAAAGUAUAUACUGAAUGUAAGUUUGGCUUCAUGACAUAGGAAGCAACUUUAUUUGAGAUUGACAUGAUGGAGCUACGUUCAAGUGCUAUCUAUGUAUGGGUUUAACCAUUUACAACAUAAACAUAACAACUAAAAUUUACAAUACUCUGAAUGUGAAUUUCUGAGUUGACUUGACAGUAACACUGCGGUGUAGACUACCCUUAUUUUAUUUAUUGGAUUACAUUUGAAUCUUAUUGAGGAAUUGGAUCCAAUAAAGUGGGGAAAGGCAAGCAUAUAUCAUUAGGUAAGAGUCAGUCACCUGUCACCACCAAAUGUGUGAGCAGUGAAACUUAUGGUGUCUAGUCUUUACCAAAUUUAAAAUUACCAAGUCCUUAUCAGAAGGGCUCUAAAUUUUCCACAACCAAGGUUUAAUUUAUUUUGACACUAAUUUUGUCCUUUAAUUUGGCCGACUUAUCAUGAAGAAUCAACUUAGGUUAUAUGAAUAUGAAAUGAAAAAUAUAUACGAUACAAAAUGAAAACAAUGAAACAAUAUUUUUUUUAAAAGUGAAAAAAACGCACAAGUAAAAAAUAUGAGUCAUUUUACAAUAUAAUUUUUAAUAUAAAAAAUAAUUAUUUAAUUGAACAUAAAUAAAAAUUUUAUCAUCCAUCCAAACAAACAUAAACAUAGAUUAUUUCUAUCUCUAAGAUGGUCGCAAAGACGGAAGUUAAAUUUGUCUUUUAACAUAGUUGCGGAAUAGAAAUACGUUACCAAUACUUUUCAAAUAUCGCCAAAUGGCUCCAAUUUUUUUUCAAAAUUAUAGAAAUGGUCUGGAAGUAUUUUUUAGGUAUUUUCUUGACAGUUCAGGAUAGAAAAUGUAUUAGAAAUACCAAACUGACACUGUAUUGGUGUUUUCAUGUAUCAAAGACGUCAACUAAUUCAUUGACAAGUAUAGUAUUUUACUUUCAAAUUUUGUUAAGAAAAGAGGAAGAAAUUAAUUGGAGUAAAAUAAGAACAGAAACAAAAUAAAAUAAAAAUCAUUUGGAAGAAUAAAGAAUUAUAAUCAACUCAUUUAAGACGUGUAAUUAUCAUAAUCAACUAGCUGUGUCUAGUAUGAACACAUGAAAUAAUGUGCCCAUAAAAAGAAGGGUUCUUACUCCUUAGUGUGCUUAGGAAGCAACUUAACAUAAGAUGUCUACUCAUUGUAAAUUUUGGGGCUUGGAGUGGCAAUAUGAAAGCAGCUGUCACAGAGUUGCUUGCAAGAUUCAUAUUAUUAUUUUAUAAAAUAAUUUGGUAUAAACACAGUGAGUAUUACCCAUUUUUAUUUAGUGAAAUCUCUCCCAAUAAUUUUUGGAGGAGGAGGAGGAGAGUGAGGGGCCAUCUGCCAGUGUGUCCAGGGAUCUUGACUUGAAAGCCCAAAAGCCAACAACUCUAAGGAUGAUCAGAUGCAUCACCGACAGUCCCAUUUCCUUGCACAUGCGCCCGUUUGCAUUCAUCUUAAAUAUUUCUCAUCAUUUUAUAAUAUAAUACUCAAUCCAUCUGACCCAUAAAGAUAAAAUUCAAUACAAGUGUCAAUUCUCUGUAUAGAUUCUCCUGCCAGUUCCUCUGCAAAGUUGCCCGGUUCUUUGGGAAGUCUGAGAAGCUUGAGGGACUUCAAAUUCAAUGGGAUACUCAGAAGGUGGAUGAGCUUCCAAAUUUUGCAGAGAUGCCUUCAAUGUGAUAUAGGUUAUUCCCAUCUGGGUUCCUCAGAGUGAUGCAUUUUGAAACCCUUAAAUUCAAUAAUGGCUACUUUGGUCCCUGGUGUUCUGUUAAAGCUUCUACAGCACAUGAACACAGAUGUGAAGAUUGCUGGUGAGUAUAGGUCAUCCCUAUUGCAAGUAGUUAGCAUUGUCCCUGCACUAGCAGGUGGGGGACUCUUCUCAAACCAAGGGUUCUACCUUAAGGUAUCAGACUCAUCUCAUGCCACCUAUGUUUCUCUCCCUGAUGAGCAUAAUGAUCUAAUUCACAGUGACAAGAUCCAAUUGGGUCAGUUCUUACAUGUAGAAAGGCUCGAGGCCGCCUCCCCGGUCCCGAUCCUCCGGGGAGUUAGGCCUGUACCGGGGCGCCACCCUUGUGUGGGGAGCCCUGAAGAUAUAGUUGCAGCCCAUUCUCCAGGGUUCCUCAAAAACAAUUCCAAUUCUUAUUCAUGUUCAAAACCCUUGGAUAAAUCAAAAUCACCGGUGAAGGCAUUGGGUAAUAAUAGUCAUGUUGGAGUGAGGGAUAAGAGGUCCAGUCCGGUGAGAUCAGGUGGGGGUGUGAAGGAUGAACAAUCAAAUAAGAAAAUAUCAGCACUGGCUCAAUCAAAGUCUCAAUUAUUGAGACAAGUUUCAAAUUUGGGAGAGAAGAAGGAAUCUUUAGUGAAAUGGAAGUCAUCCAACUCAAAGUCUGGCCCCUUGUCUCCAACAAGUUGUUACUCAUUGCCAAGUUCUUUUGAGAAGUUUGCAAAUAGUCUUAAGCAGCAGGCGAAGAUCAAGGGGUUGGAGAGGGCUACAGCUAAAGUGAGUAUGGUAGAAAAGUCAGGUUCUGUUCGUGGGGCAAGUCCAACCGCAAAGAAGACAUCGGCUGUAAUCCCAUUUAAGUAUGUGGUUCAGGGUGUUGAUACAGAGACUAAGGGUUUGAGAAAGAGCUGGGAAGGAAGCAUGGAGAUGAAGGGUAGAGAGAGUCUAAAAUUAAGGGCGUCCAAGCUUGAGCCAAAGACCGAGUCCCGUAGUACUUCUGCUCCUAGAAAAUCAACAAGUGAAAGAUUCCCAACAAAAGAGGAAAACAAGGUCCAGCCAUUGGCAAAGGUCACAAAACCAGCUAGAGAGGGAAAUAAUGUUCAGGCUCCUAGAAAGAUGGACUCUCCAAAUGGGCGUUCAGAUGAUGUCGACAAGUCAAUUAAACAAAGAACUUCUCUUGGAAAGAAACUAUCCGGAGAGGUUUCUGCUCAUGCACUGCCUGGAAACUUGGUCAAGGUUUCGAUUAGUAAUAGGAGAGUAGCUGAUGGAAGUGUUUUGUGGGCUUCUCUCCCACCUUCUCUUGCAAAACUAGGAAAGGAAGUUUUAAAACACAGGGAUGCCGCACAAACAGCUGCCAUAGAGGCAAUGCAAGAGGCUUCUACUGCAGAGAGCUUACUUCAAUGCUUAAGCACAUAUUCUGAGCUACAUUCCUCUGCUAAGGAAGAUAGCCCACAACCUGCAGUGGAGCAGUUCUUGAGCCUACAUUCAAACUUGAAUAAUGCUAGUCGUGUUGCUGAUUGCUUAUCCAAAACUAUUCCAGCUGGUUUGUCUCCAGAUCAGGAAGAAAGACCCUCAGAAGAAGCACUGAAGAUUACAUCCGAAAGACAUAAACAAGCAAUCUCAUGGGUCCAAGCUGCAUUAGCAACCAAUUUAUCAUCCUUCACAGUAUUUAACAAGCAAACUACUUCAAAGUCCAAUCCAAUCUCGAGUCCAGCUCAAAGCCCGAAGUCUCUUUCUGGAAACCAACCGAUGGUAGUCCUAGAUAACGCUGCUGUCAAAAAAGUUCAAGCCAAAGGCCACCAGUCUGUGAGUUCUAAGGCAGCCACACUGGGAACUCCACGCAGGCCAGUGGAUGGAUCCACAAUUAAUCAGAAGCCACUGGCCCGACCUUCAGUGAUAUGGACCAGUGGCAAUGGUCUUGAUGAUGUUGUUGACUUGGCUGGAAGGUUACGUGUGGAGGCAAAGGAAUGGUUCUUAGGAUUUGUGGAGAGAUUCUUAGAUGCAGAUGGAGACACGGCCGCUUUAUCAGACAAGGGUCAAAUUGCAGGCAUGUUAGCACAACUUAAAAGAGUGAAUGAUUGGUUGGACGAGAUAGGGCCUAACCAGGACCAAGGCGAAACUCCCAACAUCUCACCAGAGAUGAUCGACAGGAUAAGGAAAAAAAUUUACGAGUUCCUUCUUAUGCAUGUUGAAUCUGCUGCAGCUGCACUUGGCGGUGGUUCACAGUCAUCGCCUGCCAUGGAAACCAAAGCAAGAAGAUGACGCUAUGGGUCUUCAACUUGCUUCCACAGAGGUUGGUUUUCAGCAUUGUUCUUAUAUGCAACAGUCAUCUCGGCCCUUCAACUGCCAAGUAGGUGAAGGAGCUUGCCUGCUGUUUCGAUUUUUGUAUAUAAACCCUGUAGGCAAUUCAGAAAUAGAUUGAAACAGUCAUUAAUGAUCGAAGAAAUGAAUUCAUUUGAUGUAGAUUUCAGAGAUUCCUUUGCCUGAAGAACUAAACUUAAAUAAUUUGCAUAUAUGCCAGGGCAGAAUGGCCUUUCCCUCACAAUGUACAUGUUUCUACUAUAUCCAACUUGAUUGCCUAUUGUUCAUUCUGUAUUGUAUGUGAAGAUUUUCUUUGAAUACAUUUGUGAAUGAUUCUGGGAAAGAUUAUACAGUGUCUAAA